GGCCGUCAUCAAACUCUCUUUAUACAUCUAAAGUCCAAUGUUUUUGUUUUGGGAGAACCGAGCUCGACAUAACAUGUAGCUGUUGCUACAACACAAGCUAACGAAAGUUUGAAUAAAGAGAAGAAGCGUGAUUUUUGACCGAGAAGUGUCCAAUAACUCCGGAAGAAGGAGCCAGUUGAUAUGGAGGCCGAGAAGGAAGCGGAUGACUCUGAAACCAGAUGGAGCGAAGAACUCAGGCUGGUCCUCAUCGGAAAGACCGGAUCUGGCAAGAGCGCGUCUGGAAACACCAUCCUGGGCCGGAGGCAGUUCCUGUCACAGAUCAGCGCGAGCUCCGUCACCCAGAUCUGCCAGCUCGGGAGCGCUGAGCUCGCAGAGGAAGAGGACGCUGACGAGGACGGCCAGACUGUCGCACAGAGGAGGAUGAGGAGAGUCACGGUGGUUGACAUGCCAGGGUUUGGGGACACUCACCUGAGCGUGGAGCAGAUUCAUGGCGAGGUAGCUAAAUGUGUGUCUCUCUCUGCUCCUGGGCCGCACGCCUUCCUCCUGGUGGUGCCCAUAGGACGAUACACAGCUCAUGAGAACCAGGCUGCCUGCGAGCUGACCAAGAUAUU